CUGAAUGAAAUUCUUCUAAUACCAUAUCAUCCCUGGAAUCUGUGGAGGGAGAGCGAGAGAGAAAGAGAGAGAAGAUGAACGUGGAGGAAGAGGUAGAGCGGUUGAAGGAGGAAAUCAAGAGACUGGGAGACCCCCAACAGGAUGGUUCUUACAAGGUAAAAUUUGGGGUACUCUUCAACGAUGACCGAUGCGCAAACAUAUUUGAAGCACUGGUUGGAACCCUGCGUGCAGCCAAAAAGAGGAAGGUUGUUGCAUAUGAAGGAGAAUUGCUGUUGCAAGGUGUUCAUGACAAAGUGGAAAUUGUUCUGCUAAAGCCUACUUAAAAACUCAUGUCAAUUUUUAAGAUUUAUGUGGACCGUAUGCAAUAGAUCCUUUGGUGACAUCCAUGAAUGGUUUCUAUUUGAAUUGAGACAGUUGAGUAGUUGUUUUA